CAAUUGUAGCAGAGUAAAGUUCAAAUUCAACAAUACGAAAAUUACGAAACUACGAUGUAACCGUCUUCUCUGUUUCGUCAGGGGAAGCCACUCUGUCUCUUAGCAACUAUAGCUGUUUACUGUCUCUCUUCGAUACUCGUCGUUGACAGUAUAGAUUCUAGAUCUAUCUGUAAUCUCGCUUGUUAGAUCCGACAGUUUGUACCCUCAAUAGUUUGAAAACAUAUAUAUCUCACCUAAAAACACAACAAUACAUUAAGUAUACCUAAAGCGAUGAAUAAAGAAAUGAAAUUAAAAGAGUCUAGACAUAAUAAGCCUACAUAUCCAUCACUUUGACUUUGACAAGAAUUCAGACAGAACCUGCAGGGUUACGUCACAUAUAUGAGUGCCGGAAAAACGAUGGCGGAAGCCGCUUUGUCAGCUGCCCAUGGGAAUGUCUAAAAAUUGUUUGUCGGAAAUAAGCUGGCCACCUUUGAUUCGGCAAUUUGACGUCAGGAUAACGUCAGUUUUACAUCGCAAUCUACUUGUCUCCAACUUGCCGGCUCAAUGCUGGACAUCAUGCUGAUGUGGUUAUGCUGUCUGGGACCUACAAAGAAAGAGCCUCAGGUAGAAAGCACCGUGACGGUGUUUUUUCUGAACUUGUUUUCUGACUGCAUGACAUUAGAGUUCUAUUGCACUUUAAAAUAGAUUGGCUGUUGUCAUUAGGCCCUAUACAUCGACGAAUACGCUAGACAACACAACAACAUAGGGUGACUCAAAUCGCGAAUAAUUCAAAACGUUCAUAGAGUGAGGUUGGUGGGUGCUCUGAUGUGGUUAGCUCCUUGUUUGUAAGUAAUCAAACAUAUUGUCCUUUUACAUCUCCUCCUUUUUUGUGUUUGUUACUAUCUUGUAACACCUCUAAUCUUCGGCACCUAUAGCCCACAAGCCCUUGUGUUGCGUGUACCGUAACUGAAAUUAUAACAAAACGUAGAUGCAAUGAGAAAACUCGCACUAACAUAUAUUAAAAAAGAGCGCUCAAAAAACUAAACUAAAAACAAAAUAAACCCGGUGCUCAUUAGUAUAGUAGUCUGCUGACUAGCGCAAAAUAGUACUCAAGCUAGAGUACAAAGAUAAAAGACAAAAAUAUCAACGUGAUGCGACAGUCAAAAAGUAGAGCCGUAGGUCUAAUUAAAUCACCUCUUAGAUGAAAACAUAAAGAUAAUACUUGUAUAUAGACUGCUGCUCACAACCAGGCUCAAGAUAGACCGAGGUAAGACGAGAGUUACAGACGAGCGAUAGUUGUCUGCCUGCUCGCCGAAAGCUGAGAAUGCGAAUAAACAUGUUGGGGAGUGUGAAAGAGCUGGUACUGCUCUUGACCGCUGUGACGUCAGCGCUUGUGUCCAGCGCGCCUUCCAAAGAUCAGAUCCAGCACCUCCCAGGUCUUGCUCAACAGCCGACGUUCAAACAGUACUCGGGCUAUCUCUCCGCUCUGGGGACCAAACAGUUGCAUUAUUGGUUUGUGGAGUCUCAGAACGAGCCCAGCAGCGACCCCGUGGUCCUGUGGCUCAAUGGCGGGCCCGGAUGUAGCUCUCUCUUUGGCCUCCUUCAGGAAAACGGCCCGUUUACCAUACAGCCGGACGGCAAGACGCUGGUGGCCAACCCGUCUAGCUGGAACACUCUCACCAACGUUAUCUACCUAGAGGCCCCGGCCGGAGUCGGCUAUUCCUACUCCAAAGACAAAGAUUAUAGGACGGACGACGACGACACUUCUCUAAAUAACUUAGUGGCCAUGGUCGAUUUCUUUAGGAAGUUUCCAGAAUACAAGAAGAACGACUUUUAUAUCACUGGCGAGAGUUAUGGAGGAAUCUACGUACCGCUCCUGGCGUUGAGAGUGGUUGAGAACAGAACGAUCAACCUUAAGGGCUUUGCUAUCGGUAACGGGUUAUCUGAUGUGAAGCUGAAUGAUAAUUCGGUUAAUUUCCUCACCUACUACCACGGCAUCGUGGGGUCGGAACUGUGGGAUAAAACACUAAAGGAUUGCUGCAAAGGUCUUCCCAAUGAUAAAUGA